CGUGGCUAACAGCUCGCUUUUUUAUAGUUGGCGGCUAUGUUGCCCCCAUUUAUGCCCAACUCACAAAAUACGUCACGCUGAGCGCACGCGUUUCCAACUCCGAACCCCUUUCGUUGACAUCAGAUUUUGAUUUUAUUGCGUGGCUUUCGUUUUUCCACGCUUUGUAUUUUCAAUUUCUAUUUAAAUUCCUUUUUUGUGAGUUUUGUUUUGCUGAAAUUUUUCAACACCAACGCGUUUUGUACGGCGGCAAUAGUCAUAGCCAUAGCCACAGUUACAGAGCCAUCACAGCCGCUGUUUAGAGCGUCGACGACGACGACGACGACGAAGAUGAUGAUGUGCUCACCUAGUGGCUUCGUUUUGAUUUUAAUUACAACUUUAAUUUGGAAUUGUUUGCAUUUUGGUUGUGCAGUGCGCAAUCACAACGACAACGCCAAUAGCAAUAAAAACGAAACCACCAGCAAUUACAGUGGCUCGUACUUUAGCACAGCGAGCCACAAUCAUGAUGCGGCCGAUCGUCGCUUUGCAGAUGGUCUUGAUGUAAAUGAUAGUGGGAGUAGUAGCAGCAGUAGAAGCAGUAGUAACAGUAGUACGAGCACCCACCACUCUUCCAGCGGCGGCAAUGGGGCUACUAAUCCCAACAACAAUGCCGCUGUUGGCGGUCGCCGCUUGCACAUUGAUAUCACGCGGAAGCAUAGCGUUCAUCUGAACGGUGUCGAGAUUGACGAACAAUCACUCGCAGAUCAUUUGGCAGAGCAUGAAAAGGAAUUAAUUUUCGGAAAAGUGAAAACAAGGCGUCCACUCAAAUUGGUGCAUUUGCAACAUCUAACAGAUGCCAAUGCAGUCGAUGGAGCAACCAGUGCUGCUGCUGCUGUUUCAAUACAGGCAAAACAAAAACAACAAUAUGAGCAACAAGAAAAAGCGCACGAAACAUCGCAUCGUGUCAAACGUUCUGACACCAGCGCCACCGCAGAGCGUCAAAGCGGCGCCCAAGCGCAAACGGCAAGCCAAAGUGAAGAGAUUGUUUCUGUACAAAUAAAAGACAACGAACAAUCAGUGCACCUACAGCUACGCCAGACACCGAAACUAAUCGACGAUGCAUUUGUAUUCAUUCGACGCUACGCCAACUCGACGCAGUUCAUUGAGGAUUCGCAUAAAUUAGCAGAGCGGUAUGAGCGUUGCUUUUACAGUAAUGAAAAUUCAGCACUUGACCUUUGUGAUGAUGAAAAUGUGCGCGGUGUCUUUCAUCACAAUUCCACCAACUAUAUUAUACAUCCCUUGCCAGCACGUUUUGGUAACUCUAGCCAUGUAAUACUCGAGUCCAACUAUCACUUGCCACCUAAGAACUUCAGGGAAUCCAUCUCUAUGCCUCUGGCAGCAACUGCGCUCAACACAAGUCUAUAUUUUGAGCCCGAAGAGCAGGACUUCAACGAGAUUAAUGAUUUCGAUUUAGUGUCCACUGUGUUGGGAAACACUUCACGUCCCGCACGUAAUACCGAUUAUGAUUUCUAUCAAGGAAACGAACAAGCAGCAACACAUAACUACACAUACCAUCACAUAGGCAAAGGCGAUAAAUCAAAAAAAUAUGUGGAAUUAAAUUUACGCUACAAGCCACACUAUCAUCACAACAGCGUAGAACAGCAGCAGUGGCAGCGGCGCCAACAACAUAAUCACCAACAUCAACACCUGCAGCAUCUGCAUCGGCAACACUCACAGCAACAACAAACGAACAAACAGAAGUCAGAUAAAUUGCAACAACGCCAAAGAAAACAAAAAGAACAUCACCAUACACAAUCGCAUGCAACAUUGCCACCACUUGAGCACAACGAUACAACUUACAAUAAAAACAAUAAGAACAGCAAUGAAAAUGACCGUGAAACCAAUAAAAACAGUCAAAAACGUCGACGUCGCCGCCGUCGCUAUAUUGCCUCUGGCAAUUCGAAGAUACCACAAGAUCUAUACAUUGAGACGGCGAUCUUUGUCGAUCGUGAUCUCUUCAAGCAUAUGUCAAAGAAUUUUCCCGAUAAUACCGAAAGCCAAAUGAUACGUUUCGUAUUGGCAAUGAUAAAUGCCGUACAGCUGUUGUAUCAUGAUCGUUCAUUGGGGCGUCGCAUCAAUUUCGUAUUAAAACGUUUGGAGAUACUUUACAACGAUCCGGCUAGCUUACGGCGCUCCGAUGAUAUUGAUACGUAUUUGAGUAAUUUUUGUGAGUGGCAACAACGCUUAAAUCCGCCGCUGGAUACCGACACAAUGCAUUAUGACCACGCGGUAAUCUUGACAGGUCUCGACUUGUAUGUGGUAGAUAAAGGCGGCAAGAAGAUUAGUCAGGUGGUUGGUCUAGCACCAGUGUCCGGUAUGUGCACGAACACUUCUUCAUGCACUAUUAACGAGGGCAAACAUUUCGAAAGUGUUUUCGUUGUGGCGCACGAGAUCGGACAUAACCUUGGCAUGCGUCAUGAUACAAUAAGCGAACGGAAUUGCGAUCCCACGCGGUAUAUAAUGUCGCCCACAUUGGGCAGUGGAAAGACCACAUGGUCGGAUUGUUCACGUGAUUAUUUGGAGAUAUUCUUGAGAAAAGGUUUAGGCAGCUGCCUAUUCGAUCACGGUCAGUUCGCGAACAAUUUAGAUCACUCUGCUGAGGGCAUACUACCAGGCGAACGUUUCGAUGCUGACCAACAAUGUAUGCUAAAGUAUGGUCACAACUCAAUGCGUGCCAAAAAUCAAAAGCAAUCAGACAUAUGCACGGAUUUGCAUUGUCAGCGCGAACGUCAUACUUGGACAUCACAUCCGGCUCUGGAGGGCACUGAGUGUGGACAAAAUAUGUGGUGUCGUAGCGGUACUUGUGUUGUACGUCCCGCUUUUAUAGAGCCAUAUCAUCUGCCUAAACAGGUCACAAACGCUGGCAAAGGAGGCUACGACAAAGCAAAUUUCUUGGAGUCCAGUAAAAUGGGUCAUUUGUUGCAUGAGUACAAUUACAAUAAGCCCUUAAGUUGGAGUGAGUGGAGCGAGGCAAGUGAAUGUGCGUCUGGCUGUCUUUAUGGACCCUCUCGUCGCUUGCUCGAAGGCAGCACUGGUCUGCGAACGUACUCGCGUAGAUGCGUUGAUCAUCGUAGGCGUUGUCUUGGAAGCAACGCUAAGUAUGAGACGUGCAAAGACAAGAAUUGCUACAGCUUGAAAAUCGUUAUGACAAUCGACGAAUUCGCCUAUGACAAAUGCAGUCGAGCGCAAAAAUCGGAUGCGGAAUUGUCGGGCGAAGGAAUGCAAAUAAUUGGCGAUAUUGAGGAAUCGUGCAAAGUAUAUUGUCGCACGAAAUCGAAUGGCACCAAAACGCGUCGAUGGACUUUCCCAGAAGGCACCAGCUGUCGUUCAAUACUUUACAAACCCGAAGAUAUUUCUUAUUGUGUGGCCGGGCGUUGCGAGAAAUUUUCUUGUGAUAAUUCCACACAAAAUUACUACAAAUUGGAUCCGAACUUUUGCCAGCAACGCAAACCGCCAAAACGUGCAGAGGAAUCGGAGAGUCGCCGCUACAAUACAGUGCAUGCUACUGCUGCUAGCAGUCCGACAGUAAAUUAUAAAAAUUUAAAUGGCAACAACAACAUACCAAAUUACAACAUCUAUGCGCCAACAACAUAUCGCAGUAAAUACGAGAACGAGGUGGCGGUGCGCAGUUUCCAUGGCCAGGAGCGGGAACCGCCUUACAAACGUAAAUCGGACGCAUAUCAACCGUGGAAUAAAUACAAUUAUCCACUACGCGACUCAGCCCAACCUGUGGCACAGCCACAACCACCGAAGCCGCUACCCCCCGUCUCUGCUUCUUUAGUACUCGUGAACCCGGCAGCAUCAGCAGCAACGGCGUCGCCGGAGUCGGAGUGGAUUGUCAAAUCGGGCUGUCACUCGAGUUGUAUGGCCAAAUCGAAGGGCAUUCAAGUGGUGACCUCGCGUCGUACUGGUGCCAACAACAUUCAACUGUGCACGCACACUGCCAAGCCUUGUGAGCGUUUGCUGACGGCCACCGAACACGCGGAAAACACUUGUGGCCGCUACAAACUAAAGGUGCGUGGCCUCUCCGGCUAUGGCACGCAAAUUGCGGCGAGUGUUGACGAGCCAGAUAGGAGUUGUCGUGUUGGUUGCCAAGACGAAUUUAUAAAAUAUCGUUUCUAUUUGGUUAACGGCCGUUAUGGCCAUUUUCCGCUUGGCACCAAAUGUUCGAAUAUAGAGGAGCGUUAUUGCGUUAAUGGCAAGUGUUUGGAAUUUGGCUCAAACAAUAUACCGUUGCAGCAGUCGCAUAUCAGCUUGGCCUUGUUUCGUAGUCGACGUUCUUUGCCAGCACAGCAAACCGUGCUGGAUGAGCAGACGGCGGAAUCCAGUGCUCGGCAGCGGCGCAGCUAUCUCUACUUUGAUCCGGUUAAUAUUACGGAGACGAUUACACAAGAUUUUAUAAAUAAUAUUGUCAGGAGUAUAAUAGACUUUGAGCAGGAGCAUGUGGAAGAAGAGUUACUCAUGCGCGAUCACAUCGAAUUUAGCAAUCCCAUAAACUUAGCAACGGACGAAGGAAGCAAAUGAAGCUGGCUCGUACCCAUCAUCAAUAUCUAUUUUGUAUGGAUUACAGUGACCAAAUUCGAAAAGAAAAUUAUUUAUAGAUAUUUAAUUUAUAUACAUACUUAUAUAAUACACGUAUUUACAUACAUAUCAUAUGAAUAUUUAUUGUACGAGUAUGUGAUGCAGUUGGCGUACUGUACGAGUAUGUUUUGUAUGUAUUUAGUUCGUACUGCUUGUGCGCUAUUGUAGUGAUAUUUUCAUUAGGAUUUUAAACAAAUCAUAGCUUUCGAAUUGAUCUUAAGUUUUUUUCAACAAAUUAUAUAGAUGUAAAGCAAAUACAUAUACAACAUAGUGCAUAAACACUAUGCUUGAAAAUGUUUUUAUUGUCUGA